AUCAAAUUCUUGAGGUUAGCCAAUAUCCUAGUCAAAAUAAUAUACAAAAAGUAAAAUUUGAGGAGCUUAAAGUUUUUCUAAACAGUAAUAGUGAAAAUCUAAAUGAAGACGAAAACGAAUCUAAUAAUAGUAACUCUAAUGAAGAUGAUAUUGAAAUGCAAGUAGACGAAGAGGUUAACGAAAUUUCAAAUGAUGAAGAUGAUAACGAAAUCCUUGAAAUUCAAGAAGACGAAGAUGAAAAUGAAAUCCUUGAAAUUCAAGAAGAUGAAGAUGAAAAUGAAACCUCAGAAGAUGAAAUCGAAAAAGCUAGUGAAGUAGAAGUAAAAAGAAAAAGAAAAAUGACAAAACAUAGUACCUAA